AUGAAUAUUCUGUCAUUCAACUCUAGAGGCUUGGGAAGUGGGGUCAAAAGGUCAGCUAUUAGGAAGCUAACCUUGGCUCAUAAUGUCGAUAUUCUUUGUAUCCAGGAAACCAAAAGGGAGUCCAUUGAUAAAAAAUUAUGCCAAUAUCUAUGGGGGGAUGAUAAUGCAUCAUGGGAGUUUGCUCCUUCUAAUAAUGCAGCAGGAGGACUCCUUUGUAUCUGGAAUAAUGAAGCUUUCAUGGUGGAUAGAAGGGUAGUAGGCAGAGGAUUCAUUUUGCUGGAAGGUACAUGGACUAAAGACAAUAAGAAGGUGUAUAUCACCAAUGUCUAUGCCCCCUGUGAUCUACAACGAAGAAGAGAUCAGUGGGAAGAGCUUAAACACCUUAAAGCUCUUUAUCAUGAUGGCCCAUGGUGCUUAUUGGGUGAUUUUAAUUCUAUAAGACACCAACAAGAGAGAAUGAGCUCAUCCCAAUCUGUGGGGAGCUCCACUAAUAUCUCUGAGUUUAAUUCGUGGAUAGCUGACAUGGAUGUUGAGGAGGUUAGGUCAGUUGGGAGAUGCUUCACCUGGUGCAGACCCAAUGGAACAGUUAUGAGCAAACUGGAUAGGUUCCUUCUUUCAGAUGAAUGGCUGUCACUUUGGCCAGAUACUACAUAG